AGCAUGCUCACCUGCAUGCGUCUUGACCUCUUGUGAUGCAGCGAAACUAGCGAAACUAACGUAACUAGUGCAACCCAUGCAACUUCUUAAAGCGAGGCUGUAUAAUGUAUUCGUCAUGGAUACUUUGUAGCGCGUCUGAGCAAUGUGUUCCGUGAUAAACGCCGACUAGCUUGUAACAAAUGGCGGUAAGCGUAACAAACCACCUUUUGGCUAGUGUGUUGGUGUUUUGGUCACCCGUCGUUUCUAACGUGCACAACCGUACAGACCCAGCAGAUUACGGCAAACCUUGUAACAAAUCCGAACACUGCAGCUUGCUUGGACCCGAGUUCUGGUGCCACCCUGAACACCGCAAUUGCACUUGCAAGGGAGCUUUGCUUUGGUUCGUCAGCCUGCAUCGAUGCACUGAAGCGGUGGCACUGAGAGAAGAAUGUGAAGCAUCUGAACAGUGUAUAGCCUAUGAUCGGCACAGCUACUGUGGCGAAUUUGGUCGUUCCCAGCUGCCUCCCAAGAUAUGUCAGUGCCAGUUUGGCUUCAACAUGAAGAACCUGAACAACCAGGCCCGGUGCAUUGAAAUUCCAAACGCAUUUGGGACACCCCUGUUUGACAGCCGGGACACUGUGCCCAUUGUGAUGGGCUGCCUGGCAGCAGGCCUUGCCCUGGUCGCUUGCUGCGCUGGUAUAGUCCAGCUGCUCAGAAUUAAGCAGCGCUCAGUACCAUUCCGGACAGGCGAACCCCAGGACCCCCAUGAGUCAGUGGUGCUCAGUCUGAAUCAGAUGCUUCAACCAUAUGCAGACAUGAUCCCCUUCCGUGUUCCCACCUGCAAUGGGACAUCUCCAGCUGUCCCCUAUGCCAGUGGCUUCUAUCAGACCAGCACAACGAUUGUCGAGGACAUGCCGCCCACUUAUGAGGAAGCAGUGAAAGAUGCUGCACAAAUCUUGCCACCACCAUCAUACAUGGAGCACAAGCCUGAUGAAUAGGCUUCGCAUUCUUCACAGAGAAGACUUCCUGCUCACCAGCAUCUUAUGAGGUGCUCUCAGAAAACUGUUGCUGCAUAAUUGCAUGACUCCUGGAAACCAGUGCACACUGUGAAGCAUUAUGCUUCUUGAUGGCCGUACUUGAUGGAUUUUGUAGUGUCACAAAACAUCUAUACAAUUUAAGGAGCUGCUGUCAAACAUCAUAUUUACAUGAUUUGUUCCCAUUUGAAGUACUUGCACAAAUGUCAGAGCUUUCAUAUUUUGAUGUGUUCAAUGGGGCCCUGGAGCACCUCGAAUUUCACUAUGCUGAUUGAGGGUGAAGCUAUUCAGGGAAUAUAUUUCCCCCCAAAUUUUUGAAAAUUACCUAAUGUGAAGGCAGAUAUAAUCUCAUUUCCCCCUCAACUGUUACUAAAAUAGUGCAAUAGACAGAACGGAGAGAGGAGAGCAAGGUGAAACAUUGGGAGCACCAGCUUGCAACUAAACAUACAGUGGGAAACUCUUGCAUUGGCAAACAGUAACACUCGCGUACAUCAAGCCUUUUUGCACAAUUUUUUCUUUUAUUGCUCUUACUUUGGUAAACAAAGUAUUUAUUCACAGUACAGCUGUACACAUGACGGAUACAAUGACAAGAAUACAUGUGCCACUCUCAGGAUGGAGGUACUAUCACUGGCAGUACACCCCUCCCCACACUUAAACGAAACUUCCCCUAUAGGUUCAAAUGAUUCAGUGAAACAGGCUGGUGCUGCUUCUGCUGUAUUCUGCACUGGUUCCUCCAGCAGCCAGUUGGGAAGAAAUUCUUGUGCUCAGUCUGCAUUGGACUCUGUUGAGCAGCCACCUACUGGAUCUGUGGUCUGCCUCCCGUGUAACUGGUCAAGAUGGCACCUGAAUACCCCUUUUUCAGUUUUGACCUUCACUGGCUGGUUUCCUUCCAGUUCAACCACUUCUCCUGGUAGCCAACAGCACUUUUCUGCACAACAGCCAACGUACCUCCGUGCCUAGGAGCAGGUGCUAGUGUUCUGAACCCAUCUCUUGCAAAGCACUUUGAAACGGCGACUGGCCUUAGGCCUUGCUUCGAUGCUGUUCACAACUUUGACAACAUGCUUUGUCAUGCUAGCUAGAUCAUGGCUUAGUUCCUUUGAUGCUAAAGCCUCCCUGUGAAGCAUGCAAUGUAUAAGUACAACAGAAUUGUUCAGUUGCUUGACAAGGCCUAGCAAAUCUACCAACCGUUGCACGGGCAUCGUCAGUACACCAUUCCAACAUCCCAACUAAGUCCAUGCAGAACAAAAAAAGUGGUAAUAGUGUUGAAGACGACUUGACCUUUCGCUGUCAUUUCGAGCUCUUUGCACAAAAGCAAGUCUUGGGCAAUGGCCAAGUUAUCCACAGAACGCACUAACACGAUGAGCUCUGGGCUACGAGACACAUUGCAGCUCUUAUCCACGGCAAGAGAAAACUUCCCGGCAUAUUUGAGUUUGUCUGUUAUCUGGCUUUGCACAUCAGAUGCCAUUUCUCUCACUCUUCGUGCAGCCACGCCAUUAUGGUAUUUUUCCCAAUUUUUUCACGUGCUCGUUCCUGAUGACGGUGCCAACAACUUCCUUGUGCAAGACAUUAUUAGUGCCUUGCAGGUGGUAUGAGGGUUCAUCUGUUUGGCUACAUGGUAGCUAAUGAUGUAGCUUGCUUUUACUGCCACUGAAGAGCUCGCCAGGUACAAUGAAAAGAAAUUUCAUUCAGCAAAAUCCACAAAAAUGGCUUGGGUCGAAUGUCGCAACAUGAAAUAAAAGAGUCUGCAGGCAUGUUGACAGUGGCACGCAACGUAGGUACUGACGAUGCGUAACGCACUAAAGCAGCAAAAUGGUCAGUGAAAUGUAAUUUGAGUUCUGCAUUUCCUAAGGUGCCGGCUGUCACAAUCACAGCAUGCGGGAGACUAGCAGACGUGUUGUUGCCGAUCAAUGAAUAAAUCAAGGCUAGUUGGCGGCAUCUUAUAAAACUGGCUAAGGUUGUAAUCUUUAUUUAUUUAUUUAUGCACAUACCUCGCAGGCUCCAACUGGAGUAUUGUGUGAGGGGGUUAGGAAAAAGCAACAGGUAGUGAGAACAGGAGACCAUAACUAGCACAACAAAUCAAACAGCUGAAAAAAAAAAAAACUUCUCGAAUUAUACAGUUUCUGCGCCUCCAGUUUCUGCUUCUUCACUCUGAAGAAGUCGAGGUCCUUAUCGUGAUAGAGUGGGUGCUUUGGUGGAUGCUUUGUGAGAAGGUGGCAGGCUAGCUUGGUUGGCACGAGGGGGCUUUGUGCAAGCACUUGGUUGCACAAAACAUAUUGCAGCUUGCCGCCGAUUUCUGCAAACCCUAGCUUCAGGAAACUAUCUUAGUACCUUUGUAACUUCGACAUUGCGAUGGCACGUAGCGUGCGUCAUGCCAGACACAAGAUUAUCAAUAUGCACAUUAUCAACACUACCAAGAGGAAAGGUUCUCGAUAUGUGCAGAGUUCCGUUUGGCCAUUCGGUAUGGCGUCUUCGUAGCUGCAGUAGUGAUAAUGAUACAGCUUCCCUUUUGAUUAGCAUGGUGGCAUGAGCCACCUUGCAUAGGACUGGGAAAGGUGGAUGCGCUGCACUCUCUGCUCUUGAGUUGGACGCGGGUGCAAUUCGUGGUGAGCGCACGUGUGUGCGAGGGCUUCACAUACUUUAGGAAUGUUUUCGCGGACCCUUAUUUGAGAACCACUGCUUUACACAAUCCACCCUGUGGGUCAUGAUGAAUUUUCAGAAUGAUGAUCAAGUUUAUUUACUAGGGAUGGCUCAUUGGCCUAAAGGGUAGAGGAAUAUGGGGUCGGGAAAUGACGUGGGCCAGCCAUUGACAGAUACUCUGCUCUACACCAUGCGGAGUAUGCCUGACUCCACUGCAUAGGCGUAGAGGGUUCGCAGAAUGCUGCCGGCUUUCAUCAAUGGACAGAUCCACUCUUUGUAGCUAGCCACUUGGCCUCGGUGCUUCCGCCGGAGGGCCUCGAACUGUUGGUGCAGACGUCUCGUUGCACCCAGAUCAACUCUGUACAGGAGGCAAGUAAGCCACAGCUUCUUCCAAUAAUUUUUUUUUUGCUUUCUUUAUGCACAUGCCAGUACUUCUGGAGUUAGUGGCACGCCAGUGUGGGCCUUGUGCACUAGAACUUGAAAAGCUCUAGGCAGGCCUGCAGGCAGUGGGUCGUCCUUGGGUGUGUAGCAUGUAAGGAGCUCGCGGAACUUCCGGCAUCUCCUUCAUUGUUCAAAGCAGCUGUUCACUGUGUUGCCGUCAUGGGACAUGAAGGUUGCCACGUCGCUGCAGCGGUCAGAAGCUAAGAUCUUGCUCGCAGUGGCGUGCGUCGCUUCGUUGCCCAGUACACCACUGUGGCUGGGGACCAACACCACAUGCGUAUAAACACCCUGAGGCCUGCGCAGCUGUCUGCUGGUCUCUGCAAUUAUUGUGCUUAUAGGUUCCUUGAGAGGUGCCUGUAAUACACUCACUGCCACCUGGCUGUCCGUGUAGCGCUUUCUCUGUGUAGUGAUGUCUGGGGGGUUUCUCAAGUGCCAAAACAGGGCGUUGCGGACAGCUAGUAGUUGAGCCGUCAAGGCAUCUGGAGGUCCUUGGUCACCAAACUCAUAUUCCUGGGCGCAGGUUGAUUCCAAAUCAAUGCGGUGAAGCCCAACCGUGGUUCGUGUGCCAUGAAGUGUGUAAAUGUGAGCAGCUUUGGAGUGAACAAAGCUUUCUACAUGUCAGUUCGCGUAAUACUGUCUGUGCUCAAGGUGGCGAUAGGGAUACAUGCAUCUGCGUAGAGGUCAUGAGUCGACCAGUUGAGGGCGCUAUGGCGGCGUCAGUGGGGCAGGAUCUAGCUGCUGGUCCGGUGCAAAAGAUCUGCCUAACAGGUAGUCUCUGAAUUUGGUGAUCGCAAAAAAGUUGAAGUUGACAGUAGUUAUUCUCUGCCUUUGUGAGUGUUCUAUAACGAAAGGCAAUGGGCCGUUACACCCCGUCAAAGAUCUGGGAGAGUACGGCUCCGACCCCUGCUGGUGAUGUGUCGCAUUCCAAUAUGACUUUUUUCUCUGGGUCAUAGUGGACCAGGAGAUUCAAACUUUGCUGCGAUUGCUUAAGUGUUCUGAAUUCAUUCCUUUCUUUGCCCCACCUCCAUUUCGAAUCCUUUCUUAGAAGGUUGUGUAGUUGGGAAAGUAGGUUGGACAUAUUGGUACGAAGCUCUGGUAAUAGGAGAUAUGGCCCAAGAAUGAACGAAGUUCCUGGAUGUUUUUUGGCUGGGGUCUCCUCAUGAUGUCAUCCAUUUUCCUUUCGCACAAGCUUUCCCAGUCUAUGCGAUGCCCCAAGUAGUUCACUACUUCUUCACCAAAAACACAUCCCAGAGUUUGAUACCAUUUUCCUGUAGAGCCAGCAAUACCUUCCUCAGGCUUGUGCCAAGCUGGCCACCAAAAUGUCAUCCAGAAAUACUUCUGUAGGCCUGGCAUGUCCUUGAGCUCUGUCUCCAUUUUCGUCUGAAACAUUGCAGGAGCCUACACUAUGCCGUAUGGCACACGAUUGUUCGAAAAUGGUCCUUUGUGGGCACUGCUGCCUUCUUUGACUAUUCAUCCAGGCACACGUGGCAAUAUGCCUCUGUCAAGUUCCUGAAACGAAUAGCCAUCCUUUAGAGUGUGAACAUGCCCUCCACUUUAGCCAAUGGGUCCUGAUCUACCUCGCAUGCAGCUUUCAAAGUGACUGAAAUCCCCGUACAACGUCAAACUACUACCACCACUCUUGAGCACAGGGACAACUGGUGUGGCCCAGUCACUGUGAGUGACAGGUGACAGAAUUUCUUUUUCGUACCACCUGUCCAACUCUGCAGCCACCUUCCUACAUAUAGCAAUGACUGUGAACAUGCUUUGAAGAACUUUGGGUUUAUCUACUUACUCAAGUUAAUGUGUGCUGGAGGUCCCUUCAUAAGGCCAGUCCCACGGUGGAACAAGUCACUCUUUAGCUUUGUCACUGUUUCAUGAACACAAUUGUCCAACUGCACGAGUUUGACACUGCUUUGCCUGAGAAUGUUCAGUUGCUGAAUGAUGUCAGGAACACAGAGCAAUGGACCAGGACUUUUUGUCAUGUAAUGCUCUUUAGUAGAACGUUCUUACUGGUUAGUUGGUUCAUACUUGAAGGAAGGUUAAAACUGCGCUCGUGGUGUAUUGUGUGUUCCUUCCGCUUGCCCUCUUUUUUUCGUGCAUUUUUAACUUUCCGUCAUGUAAAACUCACCUUUGAUUUGAAUGGUUUGCCCAUGUGUGGCAGUUUCCCAGUAUAGCAGUGUACCAUUUUGUCUGUUGGCUCCAAUUGUGGCCGCAAGGAUGCGCAACGCCUGUAUCUCUCUUUGGCAAUCACGCACAUGAGGGAUCUUGUGCCGACUUGCAUCUUCAGCUCCACGCCACCCCAGUUGAGUGUGGUAGUAUACAUUUGGCUGAGUGCCUCUUCCAGGUUAUGUACUGUGGAGAGGUAAAAGCUCUCCGGUUCAUCUUCAAGCAUUAUAUUGGAUUGAAGCUUGUCCAUUUGGCCUGGAGCUUUGCUCCCGAAACGCUGACUUGCUAGAUGAUCGUGCUUGUUUCACUUUAAACACCUCGCGUUCUUGUGUGGUCAUUCCGGUGAUAAACGGGUCAUCACAACGAAUACACUGCAGUUUCUUUCCUGGUGACCGGCUGGCUUUAUGGUUAUUGUGACACUUCUGCUGCAAAACGUUCGUGUGGGCUGACGCUGUCGUUGCUGGCAUGUCACCUGUCCCCAGCAUACAAGUGGCAUUUGUAAUGAUCAAUUUCGCAGCCAGGGCUGUGUCGAGCGCAUUCUUCAAUGUGAAACUCCGUGGCUUGAAGAGCAGCAGCCAUUGCACUCUUUCCUCAUGCAUUGUAAUGAUGAAAUGGCUGCAAAGGUUUCUUUCCAGUGUGUCACCGAACCCACAGUGGUUGGCGAUUUUGCACAGUUAUGCUAGGUAGUUGGUAACUGCUUCUCCGCUGUUUUGCACCUGGGUUUGGAACCUGGAGGUUUCGUAGAUCUCCGAUGCUUUGGGACUGAGGUGUUGCGUCAGGACUUGGAUUGUGUUGUACAUGUCAUCCUUCAGCUUCCUUGGUGCAACCAAUCUUUGCAGGCGAGCAUACGUCUCAGGGUUUAGUGCUGAACUCAGGAUGGAUGUCUUUUUGGAGUCGCACAUUUGCUUCAAGGAUUGCUUCCAGUUGUUUGAUGUAGUUGACCCAUGAUUCUGAUGCCAAAUCAAAGUGCAAUGGCGCUGUGAUCAACAGCUGUGCCAUGGUGGUGGUCAUGUAAUUAAGUGCUGGCAUGACAGAUUUCGUUCGCUAAUCAUCCCUACCUUGUUGCUUCUUGUUACGGUUGAUCCCGGCAGUGCAUGUUGCCUUUCCAUACUGAUCUGGGCCUAUCCCAUCCUCGUCACCAGAUUUGUUACGUUCGUAACAAAGUAUUUAUUCACAGUAAAGUAGUGGUGCCGCACGCUAUGGCAAAUACAGUAAAAGCUCGAUGAUACGAUCACGGCUAAUACGAAUUUCCGGAUGACACGAAUUUUUCUGUGGUCCCGGCCGAGCCCCAAUACUUUGCAACGUGCUAGAGAACGGUUGUUAUGAAUCGAUUUCCGGCCUGCGUCGGUUGAUACGAAUAAACGCCGCCCCCGCCGACGGCCGCGAAAGAGAACAGCGCGCAGUCACACGUUUUCUCCCGUUCUCUUUUGGUGCGGAGGCGCGGACGUGGCGCCGGACAGCGCGGACUCCGCGACUGGGCGCGAAGAGUUUGAAGCGGUGGCGCUUUUGUACUUUUCCUCUUUUUCGGCGGCCGCCCAUCGGACGGAGUGACUGCUGUGCUUCGGGCCGUGUUCUUUGUGUUUGCGCCAUUUUACCUAGUCGCAGCGAGCUAUGUCUACCGAGAUAGGAUUGUCUACCAAGAUAGAAGGACAUUAGAGACUUUUUCUUCAAGAAAUAAAUGCUUUUUACGUACAUUUGCCUGAGUGAGUUCACCUCUGACUCUUUAAUUUAGCUACAGUCAAAUCUCGUUAAUUUGAACACGCUUAUUUCGAACAUACCGCGCACCGACAAUGCUCUUAGCAGCGCGCCAAAUCACGCGGCGGCGCCUCCGAGCGGCAUUGCUCCGACACCGCCGUAGAGCAAAAGCUCAGGAGAGACCCCUCAAUGCCGCGCGCGAAGGAACGGAAAAAAAAAAGAACCCGCGGCGGAAAUUUCACCCUCUCUCAAAUUGCAAGGUCGCCGUUUCUGCAUCGCGAACGGAACAA